UCCAAGAUGGCGAAGCAUUAUCCAGAUCUCAUCAUGUGCAGAAAACAGCCUGGCGUAGCUAUAGGUCGGCUGUGCGAAAAAUGUGAUGGUAAAUGUGUCAUUUGCGACUCCUAUGUGCGUCCCUGUACACUGGUGCGUAUAUGUGAUGAAUGCAACUAUGGCUCUUAUCAAGGUCGCUGUGUUAUAUGUGGUGGACCUGGGGUUUCUGAUGCUUAUUACUGUAAAGAAUGUACAGUUCAAGAGAAAGAUAGAGAUGGCUGCCCCAAGAUUGUCAACCUAGGAAGUUCAAAGACUGAUCUCUUCUAUGAAAGAAAGAAGUAUGGUUUCAAAAAGAGAUGACAGUUUAUCGUACUGAACUUUAGUUUUUAACAUGCACCCUGGAUCAAGUUGUGUAUAAAUGUGAUUCAUCUUUCCUGCACAAUAAUGUUAUUGUCAACUUUUUAAUUAGUUAGCCAGCCUUCAUGAGGAAAUGCAAGUUCCUGACUUCAACACAUCAAUUCCCUUGACCUAGUUGGUUUCUUGUUCUAUUACAGUGUAUGAUUCCAUCGUUGUGAUUUAGACAGUCUUAACUUAUCAUUUGUAUGUCACUUUGAUAUGUACCUUGGUUUUAUUUACUUCAUGAUGUAAGAGGUUGAGAGAGCUAUAUCUGUGUCGAGCUAUGCAGUGUUAAAGACAUUUUUAAUUCAGUUAAAGAGGAAAAGUUAAGUAAACACUUAGGAAAUGUCAAGUUUUGCCAACAUAAAGUUGUCAAGGUCAUUAAAAGUUUUUUGUAG